UCAACGUGUUAUUUGUUUUUAGCAAGCUUGCUAGUUAGCUUCAGUUCCGUCCUGCUGUUUCUCGAAAACAGUGUCCUAACAAUGGCUUGCUUUGAGGAGGAUGACGUAUCAUACCGUGCUGGAAUCCAAGAGGAACUCUCAAUCCUUCGCUGUAAAAAGUGCCGAAGAUUUAUCGUGGACUCAUCAUGCCUGCUUUCUACCUCAGAAGACCUCAUGACUGGGUGCACAGUGUGGCAUAUGGAUAUUGAUGCAUUGCCUGAUUGGAUCCUGUCAAUUAUUAAUCAGGUUCACUGGACAACAGGAAAACUCAACUGCCAGCACUGUGCAGCCCGUCUUGGAGGUUUCAACUUUCUAACAUGUUCACGAUGCCCCUGUGGACUUGACACUACCAUACACCUCAAUAAAAGCCGCGUCGAUCAGGUUGUAAAGCAUCUGGCCUAUGUAAGCAGACCAGGUACAGGUAAAGGGCACACAGGUUUUCAGGUUAAACACAGAACUCUAGAAGAACCAGACCACCGAAACCUGCAGUCAACCUGUGAUCUACAUCAGGUCACUCACGGACUAAAUCCCAAGCCCGAACUCCAGAGUGGACAAAUGCAAGAAACGCAUUCUGAAUGUGAGCAUUGUGGCAUCUCGCAGUGCAGUUGUCCCCCUUAUUUGCCACUCAUUUGUCCUGUACAGGAGGAAGUAAAUGAGGCAGUGGCUCAUGGCAUUGACGGCCACAUACAGCCGGCAUCAACAGAGCUACCAGAUCAUCUGCAGGAUCAGGACAGCCAACUUGAUUCUCUUCCAUCAUCUACUCAGGACACAGUCAUGGAGCAAGAGGACGUCAGUGAUGGUGUUGUAUUGGAAACGCAGUAUCAUGCUUCCUCCUUCCCUGCACGAAUGUUGACCAAGCGGGAGAAGAAUCGCUUAAAGAGCCUAAAGAGAAAGCAGAGAAAGAAAGAACGCUGGGUUCAGAGACAGCUUGAGGAGAAGAGUAUGAUCAGGAAUCUGACAAGCAGCGAUGAAGAGGAUAAGGAGGGCUGCAUGUGCGCUGUGUGUCUAGAUGUGUACUACAAACCAUACAUGUGUCAGCCUUGCAGCCAUGUGUUUUGCGAGCCCUGUCUGAGGACGUUGGCGAAGAGCCGGGCCAGCAGCACACCAUGUCCCCUCUGCAGAACUCUCAUAUCACAUGUGAUCUUCCAGGAAGAACUUCAUCAACGCACAAGGAUCCACUUCCCCAAAGAAUACCGCAUAAGAAAUGAGUCAUUCCAUAAGACCAACUAUUCUAAAUGGCCCCUGCCCAGCUGUCCGAAGCAUUUUCGUUUUUUAUGGGGUCACAGAGCCUCAGCUGGUCAGUGGCAAUUCCCUCUUGGAGCAUUGGGAUUGAACAGGCUGGAACUGGGAGUCCUAAGGGGCUGGACUUUUCACUCUGAUAUGAUCACCUUCUCUUUCCACUGGCUGCUUUCCUCUUUUAUCAUCAUGUGUGGGCUCUUCUACAUCCUCCUCUGGUGAUAUGAUGAGAACCUGUCUCAGAAAUAGAUGAGGCAAAGCCGUGGACAUUAUCACAAUACAUAUUAUGCACUAUUUUUAAGAGAGUAAUGUACAUAGGGGUAAGAAAUUUUUUUAUAUAUAAUGGGUUGAGGUCAGGACUCCACACUCCACUCCCAGUUUUUCCACACCAAACUCAUUCAUGUUUUUAUAGGCUUUGCUUUGUGCACUGGUGCGCAGUGAUGUUGGAACAGGAAGGUACCAUCCCCAAACUGUUCCCACAAAGUUGGGAGUAUGAACUUGUACAAAAUAUCUUGGUGUGCUGAAGCAUUAAAAGUGCACAGUGUUC